AUGGCAAAGCCGAACGGUGAUAUCAUUUCACCACGUCUAAAACACGGUAUUAUAGCAUCAGCAUUAACUGAUUUACAAAAAUAUGAUAGUAGCGAUGGGACAAAUUCAAUUCCAGAAUUCCCAUCAAAAUCAAUUUUAAUUAAUGCUGCAAAUAAAGCUACAAAACAAGCAACUGCUCAAUUUACAUCUGAUUACAACUCUCCUCGAUCAACCUAUCGUGGUAUAAUAGGUACAGCUUUACGAAAUGAAAUUUCAACUACUGAAAAUGGUUACAUUCCGUCACAAUAUGAACAACGGUCGUUAGCAAGCAUUGAAACUUCAUUUAAACUCUUACCAUCUGAAAGGUCUCUUCCGAAAGAGCCUAUCUCAUUAAAUGGCCGUAAACCAUUGACAACUUCAUUGGAUACCAAUUGUUCCGCUUUGCAAUCAGCUCGAUAUACCGGACGGCAGAAGGGAAAUAAAAGAGGAAUGAUUAGCAAAUGGUUACAGGAUUUAGCCGAAUCAACGCCUGAUUUGAGUAGCAGAAAAGAGAUUGCAGAGGGAAUGGUUAGUCCACGUACCGGAAUACUUGGAUUACUUCUAAAGAAGAAAACAAAAUUUGGACACGAGCAAACUUCUAAAUCAGCAAAUAGUCUUUCAUCCAGUCCGGAUCCCAGAGCCAGUGAAACAAAUUCAAUUACCAGAGAAUCUCAUAUAUCACAGAGCAAUCGACCAUUGUUAAGUUUGAAAAAUUUGGAAAGAAGUCAUGAUAAGCAUUCUUCACUGGAAGAUUUCGAUCGUCUAUCCGAGAGAUCAUCUCAAAGUAUACGCUCGAAAAAAGCUGGCUCAAGAGAUCAUGAAGCGGAUUUGAUGAAAUGGUCCACUCAGCACAGUACAUCAAAAGAAUCAAAAAGUUCGAGUACCUCUGCAGGAUUAUUGAUCGACGAAGAUGAUUAUGAAGGUAAAAGUGUGUCAUUUAAGCUUUUACUGUACGCAAUGAAACGUGAAUGGCUAAAUGUGGAGCAAAUUUUAAACAGUGAAGAAAAUCUCGAUCUUACGCUUACAGAUUCACUUGGUUUUACAGUUUUAUUGCAUGCAGUCAAAAGUUGUAAUAUUUCGAUUUUCAAUAAAUUGCUCAGUCGUGGAGCACUGCUUAAUACAAUAACAAAAGACGGACGAACAAUCGCACAUAUUGCAGCAUUUUAUGGAAAUGAAGGAAUGAUACGACAUCUGCUAGGCAAUAAAAUUGAUUUCAAAACUGUCGAAACAAAAUCGAAUCAAAUUCCUUUACAUUUUGCAUGCAGUCGUGCAUCGAAACGCGGUUUCCGUGUAGCACAUAUGCUAUUGAAACAUUGGGAAAAAGGUCGUCUUGUAGAAGAUUUGCAUAAAUGCUUACCGAUACAGUAUGCUGUACAGUGUGGUAAUAUGGAUACAGUUAAAUUACUACUGGAAAUAGAUAAAAGUAACCAACUGUCGCAUGUAGAUGAAAAUGGUGACUCAUUAUUGCAUAUUGCAUGUCGAUCAAAUAACAACGAUAUGUUGCAACUUCUUACUACCUAUGAUCAAAUUGAUGUAAAUGUUGCAAAUUCAGCAGGUUGGACAGUACUUCAUGAGGCGGCAUUGAAUGGAAAUGUUGUUUCGCUGAAAAUUUUGCAUAAACUUGGAGCUAAUGCAAAUAUAUUUGAUAAGGAAGAUCGAACACCGUUGCAUAUUGCAGCAGCUGCUGGACGCACGAAUAUUGCUGAACUGCUGAUUGAGAAAUUUGGAGGGUCCGUACGUGCUCGUACACGUGAUGGUAGUACGUUAUUGCAUGUUGCUGCCUUAAGUGGACAUGCUUCAACCGCAUUAACAUUCUUAAAACACGGUGUACCACUUUGUAUGCCAAAUAGACGAGGUGCUUUGGGUUUGCAUUCUGCAGCAGCUGCUGGUUUUACAGAUGUUGUUCAACUGUUAAUUGCUCGAGGAACAAAUGUUGAUAUCAAAACUAGAGACAAUUACACAGCACUGCACGUUGCAGUGCAAGCAGGUAAAGCAUCUAUUGUUGAAGCAUUACUGGGAUAUGGUGCAGAUGUGCAUAUUCAUGGCGGUGUAAUCGGUGAAACAGCUUUGCAUAUUGCUGCAUCAUUAACAACGGAAGAUGCAAUCGAAUGCGCUGUAAUGUUAUUAAAAAGUGGCGCACAAGUAAACGUUACACGUAAUGACGGUGAAACGCCAUCACAUAUUGCUGCACGUAAUCCACUUUCCGGAAUGAUACGUUUGCUAUUAAGUGAAGGCGCUGAUCCAAAAAUUUGUUCUAAUAGUAGUGAAAGUAUUUUGCAUGUAGCAGCAAAAAGUUGCAAUAGUGAAGCAGUGACACUUAUCUUAGAACAUCUUUCUCAACAAAUGUCACCUGAAGAAAUUAAAGAAUUUGUUAAUGCUCGAACCAUUCAGGAUGGUUUGACAGCGGUACAUUAUGCUGCACAAAUUACCUCAGAUCAAAUACACUUUCCGGGUGAAGAUGCAAAAUUGAUCAAAACUCUUAUCGAUUAUA